ACUAAAAUGGCAGCCUCCUUGAAACGUGAGGUUUUUUCCAAACUUUUAUUUAUUUGGCGCUCUGUCAACAGUAAAGUAUCACAACAGUGUGUCAGUCGUUUUCAAACAAAGCAAACUAUUAUCAAAAAUAUAGGAUCUUCAUAUAAAUUAUCUUGCCAGUGGAGUUACAAACAUAGAAAUUACCAAGGAGAGCUGCCAAGAGUCAGUCUGGUUGCUUUAUUCCCCGUCUCUCUGGCUGCAGCAAAAAAUGCUGAGGAAGAAAAGGAUCAAAAUGAAACUGAACUAGUGAUGAUCCUGCGCAAGGGGAUCCAAGCUCAAAAUAAAUCAGACUACAAAGCUGCAGAUGAAUUCUACCACGAAGCACUGCACUUUGUAUACAAAUUGCACAGGGAAGGCAAAAUUGAUGACAAAAGACUUCUUCAUUUGCAGACUAAUAUAUUUGAUAAAAUGGCUAACCUUGGUCUACUUAAAGGAGAAUUUGACCAUGCAGAGGUUUUAUUCAAGGAUACAAUGAAAGGCAUGUUACAGAUGGGUCUGGAUAAAACCGACAAUGCUUUGGUUGAGAUAUCAGUGAAACUAGCUUCAAUUUAUGCCUCCAAACAGAAAUUUGAUGAUGCAGAGCUAGGGUACCAGUUUUGUGUAGAUACUAUGGCGAAAAAAACUAAAGAACAAGGCUUGGAUGCUGACUUGGACACAACACUUCUGUAUGGCCUUUGCUUAGAGUCUCAGGCCAGAUUCUGGGUGUAUCAGAAAGAGUAUGAAAAGGCUCUGGAAAACUAUCACCUUGCUUUGGACAUAGCAGCCAAAUAUCUACCAUUAGAUCAUCCUCAGAAACUUGUCAUUAUGAAUGAUGUCUCCUCUUUGUAUUACCUGAAAGGAGACAUGACAACCGCAGAAAAAUACAUGGAGGAAGCACUAGACGUGGCCGAGGUGACCCAAGUCCCUGAACUCCCACAAUUUUAUUGUAAUCAGGGAUUAAUCUUUGCUCAGUUGGGCAGGUUUGACGAAGCAGAGACAUCUUGUAGAAAGGCACUGAAAGUUGCCAAAGACAGGGAUGACCAAGAAAGUGUGAAGGAAGCAUUGGAUUGCUUGGCUGAUGUGAGAAAAAUGAAAAACUCGGUCAAAUGAAAAGUCUGCAGCUUUUAGAAUUA